AUGCACUACUUCACCUAUUUCAACGUGACACGAUUCCGUGAGGAUGAAGAGGGGCAACAAGAGCACUCAGUAGCAUGCGGCAUCUUACGCUCAGGAGGAGUACCAGAGAAUUAUGUCCUUAUUGGAAACGAGGCGGUUGUGCCGGAGGGUUGGCCUUUGACGUUAGGUGGUAGCGGUCUGAUACUGCAGCUGGGCGAGCUCGAGGCGUCCGCGCUACGUCUCGGGGAAUGUUACCUCUGCGUACGCAGCACGGCUGCUGCAACUACAACUGCAACCACCACCUCGUCGGUCAGCGGCGCCACGACCGCCGGUGAAGCCGCUGAGCAAAAUACCGUUGAGAUAGCAGUAGUCUGGCGAACUACGUCGAUGAGGGCGCCGGGGAUCUUAGGUUGGGACCGUGAGGACGAGUUCAUGGAUUGGCGAGACCUGACAAACAAGGGUCAGCCGAGUUCAUCGAGCGCGGUGGGCACGAGUCUCGGCGCGACGCAAUCCUCAAGCGCGAUGAAGACCGCCGUCCGCCCGCGGCGAAGAUCGCGCGAGGACGCCCGCCCGAGAACGCGCGAGACCAGCAGAACCAGCAGCGUUGAGCAUCGUCGAGAGGAAACCAGAUCGAUCGACAGGUUGGAGCAUCAGACCUGCCGCGAGAAUUGCGCGAUUGGCGAGUCCGGUCGCACCGCCACAGUGAUGAAGUCCAGGUCCGCGUCGAGCGUCGAUGCCUGGAAGGAGGACCUCGAUAGCGAGCUCAACCAUGGCACGAGUCGCCGUUCGCACUACAAGAACUCCUCUAGUCCCACCGGCGGCGACGAGAGCCGCGCCAAAGUGAAGCGAUGCGCCAAAGUCGUCUCCACUACAACGAUGGAGAAAUGGAAGGAGAGCAGCAGAUGCGAAACGCGCAGUAGACUGGUCGCGCCGGAGGUUCUGAAGAGCCCGCUGCAAUUUGAGGAAAGCAUACUGCGGCAGGAUAACAUCGCCGGCGACUCGCCGAAGGAUCUCGAGGACAGAUUACGAAAUGUGAGCGGCCCGGACGACGUCAGUGAUGAGGAUCUGCCAGCGUAUAUAGGCAAUCUGCUCGUCACCGUCGAGAGGAAGAUCGAGAGAGUCUCGCUUGAUGAUAUGACGUUUCCCUGUCCGGCGUGCAGAAACAUAGACACGGACGAUCCGUUGUUGGGAUGCAGAUGCAUCGGCGACGAUUGCAGCUGUGGUGCCGGCGAGGACAACUGCGACUGUGCCUCCUCUGCGUCCACCUCGCGAAAAGAGCAGUUCGCGAAGAGCUUCGAAGUGGCGGGAAUCAAACAUAUCGACAGCGACGACGAGGAGGAAGUACGAAUGGGAUUUGGAACCAAAAAGCGAGUCGACGAGGUAACAGCGCCGAGAACCAUUCACGAUUUACCGGAUUACGUUCUCACAUGCGGCCUCUCACUUCCCGGAUACGCAGACGUCGCCGGGAGGCCGAUUAUCGAAUUCGAGGACAACGUGUGCACGAGGGAAGCCCUCUCAGUUAGGGAGACAGCGUCGUUCUUGCUCUACCUCGCUCGUCUACCCAGCUCCGACCGCACGAAAGACAGCUUUACUAUUUUCAUACGUGGCGAUUCUAAAGAUAAUUUGGAGUUUGUGGACAGAGUGUUGGUUCUGCUGCAGGGCAGAGUUAACGUGGACCAGACCCUCGUGUUUCGCAACGGCGCAACAACAGACAGCCAGGACGAUUCUCUCUUACCUCUCAGUAGCGUCCAGACCGUCGUCGUGAAUGACGCCACUCUCACCAAGUACAUUCCCAGGCGAAAAGAAAAUCAUGACCAGAUGCAAUGGGUCGCUUUUUACAAGGAGUACGACAGCCUAAUGAUGGAAUGGCAAUCGGCUGGUCGCAGAUUGGCCCUCGAAAUGUCGGAGCUGAAAGAAUGCACAAGCCUGUCUGGCACUUUGACGCCUCUCGGUCGGCUCCUCACGGACCCCACAUUGAGAAGAACGUCUAGAGAUGCCGAGGAGGCCAUCGCCGCGCUCGAGGAACGCGCGGCCCCGCUUCUGCACAUUGAGAACGUCAGAUUGUCGGUGAAACGAGCCCGAAGACUGGUGGAGGAGGUGGGUAAGGCUGCCACCAGGCUGGAGUCAUCGUUUGAGUCGCGACGCGCGACUAUCCGCAAUCUCGCGGUUCUGCGAAGCAUCGAGGAUCAGGCGCACGAGAUACUAUCGUGGCUGUGCAAGAAAGGCGAGGACAUUCUGUCGAAGCACGCACAACACACUGCGACAAAUUUGGCGUUGGCGCGGCUUCACGAGCGAGAAUUUGAGAAGUUUUACUUCACGUCGAUGAGACACUUGGAUAAAGGCAGCGAUCUUGCCGAGGCGGCGAGCGCGAGCGGACUUCGCGAGCUCGCGAGAUCUCUGAAGCAGCAUCUGCGAGGAUUCGGCUCUCGCUUGGAGGACAGACGUGAGUAUCUGGAGGACACGUCGAGAUGCUGCCUCCUUCAGGAUCGCGCCUACGAGUGGGCGCAGGAGGCUCGUUUGGCGAGCGAGAGGAGAUCCCAGCAGUUUUUAAUGGCGAGGCCGCCCCUGCCACCCGAACACUUCACCGAAAUGAUGGCUCUGGCGGAGAAGCUCGGCAAUGAAGUCCUGCUGGAGCAAUGUCGCAUCGCCAGGAACAAAUGCGCGGAAGCCCUUGAGAUCGCCAGGACCACGUCCGCCCCGGGAAGUCCCGCGAGAAGAAGGUCUUUCGCUGCAUCCGAGUCGACCUCCUGGGAUGAUACUUUGGCAAAGAGGACAUCCUGGGACGACAGCGACAGUAGCGCGUCUUACGCCUGUCCGAUGGACAGCGUUGGAUCGGCCGGCAGCGGUGGUCGGCCGGUUUUAGACAAUAUCGCCGAGUUGCGGGAAAGCGCCGAGCAACUCUUGGACUGUUCGCCGCCGCGAACACCUCCGCGAAGUCCGGCUCCACGGAGGCUGGUCAAGCCGCCAGUGAAUUCGCACCUUCACAGAUCAGCCAGUAUCGCGCCGGGAAUGAAGGCGAAAAAAACAAUACUGCUCAUAAUGAGGGAGAUGAUACAGACUGAACGAGACUACGUCAAGUCCCUCGAGUACAUAAUAGAGAACUAUAUUCCGGAACUUGUGCGGGAGGACAUCCCGCAGGCUCUCAGAGGGCAGAGAAACGUAAUCUUCGGGAAUGUCGAGAAGAUAUACGAGUUUCACAGUCAACACUUUCUACGCGAGCUGGAGCAAUGCGAGCAAUCGCCCAUGCUGGUGGGCCAAUGUUUCCUUAGACAUGAGAAAAAGUUCUAUCUUUACGCCUUGUACAAUAAGAACAAACCAAAUUCGGAUUCGCUGAUGGCGGAGUACGGCACGAGCUUCUUUAAACAGAAGCAACUCGAGCUGGGGGAUAAAAUGGAUUUAGCUAGCUAUUUACUGAAGCCGGUCCAGCGAAUGGGGAAAUAUGCUUUGCUACUUCAGCAACUAGUCAAAGCUGGCACGGAUCUGUCGGAACAAUUGUCCGUUAAGGAAGAAAAGGAAGAGAAGGAGGACGGUAUGAAACCGAUAGUGGAGGGUGAAGCGGAUUUGAGGGCUGCCGAGCAGAUGGUGCGAUUCCAACUUCGACAUGGAAACGAUCUUUUGGCGAUGGAUUCACUUCGCGAUUGCGACGUAAAUGUAAAGGAACAAGGCAGAUUACUACGGCAAAAUGAGUUUCUAGUUUGGCAAGGAAAAGGCAAGAAAUGCCUGCGUCAAGUCUUCCUGUUUGAAGAUCUUAUACUCUUCAGCAAGGCGAGAAGAUUUCCCGACAGAAAAAAUCUGGAUAUCUACAUCUAUAAGCAUAGUAUUAAGACGACGGACAUCGGUUUGACCGCCGUUAUUGCGGACUCGCCUACAAAAUUCGAGAUUUGGUUCCGCAAAAGAAAACCAGGCGACACGUACACGUUGCAGUGCGCGAGCGAGGACAUUAAGAAGGCCUGGACCGAGGAACUUAGCAACCUCCUGUGGAAACAGGCGCUUCGAAACAGAGAAGUGCGCCUGGCGGAGAUGUCGAGCAUGGGCAUUGGGAAUAAACCGUGUUUAGAUAUAAGGCCUAGCGCGGAUCAGAUUAACGAUCGCUCCAUCAGCGUCGCUCAACUCUCUAAGACACCCAGAUUUAGGAACUCUAUAGCGGUGUCAAUGGCAGAAGACUCUAAUCGCUGCAGCAGAAGGCCACACAGCGUAAUUUCCGUUAGCUCGUCCUCGAGCAGCGGUGGAAGCAGCGGUCCACCCACAACGCUUAAUCUUGGAUUAGAUACGAGUCCACGACCGCAUCAUCGUAGUACUACGCUAAACAGUCAGUGCAGCGUUGAAAGUGGUAUUAUCGCUGACAUCUCAAUCGUGUCGGAUGACGGGGGUGAUGGCACCGAGAGAAGUCAUUGGAAUUCAACUCUGGAGAGUCCUACGACACAUCUACCUACAACUUCCACCCCCCUACAAUCGCCAACCAGUACAACGGCGGCAUCAGUUACACCCGCUUCUUCAACAGAUACGAAUCUCACAUCGUACGACCAAGAUAUGUCUAUUAACCUAUGAAUUUUUUUUUCGUUGCGGAGGACGUCUUCGCGAAGGUGCGAAUCUAUUAUUGAUUCGUUGAUUACAGAUCGUGUUACGGAUUAAACGUAAAAAAAAAAAAA